AUGUCGAACAUGUCGCUUUCCGACUCAGAUCUCUCGUCGCUAUCGUCAGCGCCUCCUUCAGAAGAUGAAGUUGGUCCUAUGGCUCUCGAUGAGCCUGUUGGCAUCACCAAGUACUUCAAGAAGGAAUCCGAGUCUCCGCCGCCGAAACGGGAGCCCUCACCACCUCAUGAAUAUGUUCUAGCUGAUAAUCCUGACAUUGCAUUUAUUGUGAUGUUCCGCGCGCGUUUUCAUGAGGUCUUCCCGCGAUCGACGCCACACUUUGGACCCCAGGAUAUCGAGAGAGGUGUCGUGGAGCUUCCACCAGGCGAUUAUAUUGAGAGACUUCUAUGUGCAUUGCUCGGUCUCGUGCUAAAUCGGAAGAAGGAUGUUGACCGAGCUCACUACCAGCGACCUCUUGAAGAGGCAAUUCAAACUCAUGCCUCCCAAUGGCCCAAGGCUUGGCAAGGAAAGAACCCCCUUCAUGGGGGUCGCACCUUUGCAACAAUGUCACCCGAAGAACGCUUGACAUUGCUGAAGUCGCUGAUUCUCUGGUCCCUUUCUUCAUCUGAAGCCGUUCAAGCCAAGAUUAAAGAAUCCUACAAGCAAGCCCGCCAUGAGGACGAUCUGAACCAACCGCUUUCAGUCCAACCGUGGGGCCGUGACGGCCUGAAGCGUCGGUACUGGCUGGUCGAGGGUUUGGAUGAUACACAUUUCAGGUUAUAUCGCGAGAGCAACCCGGCCCUCAAGAACGUUACGUGGUGGAGUGUAGCCGGGAGUAUACCCGAGUUGAAGGCUGUCGCAGAUAAGCUGGAUGGAGAGAAGAGUAUACAUGCGAAGAAGCUCAGUGAACGGAUCAAGAAUUCCAUACCUCGUUUUGAGGGCUCAGAGGAGAAACGCAAGAGACGGGACUAUCGCAUUGCCCGCAAAGCCGCCUUCGCUCGACCAGAGCCCGGUUUUUCACUGUACGAAGGCCGAACUCGUGGCAAGAAGCUCAAGUACACAUAUUCAGAUGACGAGGAUAUCUUUUCCGACGAGUUUCCCUCAACAAGACGAUCGACACGGAACGCUUCCGGAAUUUCAACACCUGCAGAACCUGCGGGACCCAGAUAUACUGCAAGUGGUAGGCAGAUACGCGCACGAGCGGGUGGCCUGUACGGUGAGAGCCUCCUUAGUGGCCAGCGCGGCGAGGAAGCCGAGGAAACCGGUAGACCCCAAAGGUCUCGGGCGACUCGAGCAAAUGGCUAUACGGACUACAAUAUGGACGAUGAGUCGGACGCUGGUCACUCCAGUGGAAACGAGUGGCAGGGUGGCGAGGAAGAGGAAGACAAUGAUUUCGAAGGCGAUGAUGAAGGCGACUUGAGUGGGGACGAGUCGGUCAUAAACGGACAAGAUCGGAGUCUGGUGGUGCAGUUAAGAUACGGCAAGGGAAAACUACCAAGCAGCCCUCACGAGCCUGUCGAGGAGUCGUCAGCAGAGAAACUUCAAAAUGCACAUACAGACUCAGCGGACAAAGCAGACAUAGCAAAUCCGUCAACGGCCUCUGAGACUCAGGCUAUGAGUCAAGUGCCGGACUCUGAGACCAACAGACAGAUGGAUACGGCAGACGCGCAAGCGCCGACUGUGGAUGUCGGGAAAAUGCCCAGCAUUGUGCCGAUGAACACAGCUGUUUAUGAGCAGAAGGCCGAUCCACUGAAUGAGCUUAACGGUCAACAACGAGAGACGCGUGAGGGUACUGAACAGCCUUCCGGAACCGACUUGUCGCGAAAUCAAAUAGCUCCCAUCAACGGUCCAAAUGAGACGGGUUGA